UACGCUCUGGCCGGGGAGUAGGGUUGGUCUGAGCAUUCAGCAGCGGUCAAGCACCCAAGUUAACGAUGGCUACCUAGAGGUCACUUUUUUCGGGGGGCUAGCUAGAGAACACCUCACUGAUUUUACUCGCCCUAGUAGAGCUGGUUAGGCCAUUUUCAUUUUAUAUCGAGCGUUGGUGACACCGACCAUAUUCAUCCUGUGUUUAGCAUUCGUAAAUUCAUCAGUUAUUCUGCGCGAGAAUGCUCUGAAAACGGAGUAGUAGUUAAUAAUACUGUCUGGCAAGUUCGAUGUAUUAGUAGCCAACUAAAGUUGGGUAGAUAGCUAACAUAUCAGUACCUACUGCUCUAAUGCUAUGCGGUUUGUAUAAGGACGUAGCUAAUAAAUUGUCAGCCAACAUAGCGUGUAACGUUAGUUAUUUUAAAAGUGAUUACAUUGCUCAACAUUCUUUUUUUAACAAUUUUGUCAUAAUUAGUUAAAACAAUUCAUUUGUUUUCGCCUUCGUCAGGCUUCGGCUGCAAAUUUUCCACCAUUCUCUUCAAAUCUGAAAAGGUGAAGCCACGCCCAUUUUCGGAAGAACUGAAUUAUGGGUCCUAAAAGCACAGAAAGUGUCCACUGCGUGUGUACUUCGUAUUUUGGCGAAUUUAGCAUGAGUUUCGGGAACUUUUGACAUUCUAACUAUAUCCAUACUAUGACCAGUAUACUAUAUACCCAAAUCCCGUCACAAAUAGUGCAGUUAGUAGCAGAGUAUUCAGCUUAGGUUUAGUGAAGAUAAUAAUUGGAGGGUGGUCUCACACUCCAGUACAGUAGGUGGCGGUGUAUGCACCUUUCAGUUGGUUGCGAUCCGAAAAUACAAAGGUAAAUAAGUAGUAAACGGAAGUGAAUAGUGAUCACGAACAAUUUUCACGUUAGCGUUUUUGUUUUGUUAUUUAGACAUUUAUUAACACUCUGGAACUCAAUGCGAUUCAUUCGAACUGCAAAACAUAAUAUACUUAACUCGGGUAGUCUUUAAUUCGCGUUGAAGACAGGACUUGGUUGAUAGAUGUUAUCUAGGUAACGCUAGCUAGCUGCUAACGUUAGUUAACAAUGGCUAACGGUAUGGUUUUUCACACUCAAAUUGCCUCGAUUAUGGAGGUGCUAGCGAAUGCAGCCGUGGCAGAGAUCUGUAAAGUCGUAGACGACGACUAUGCAGUGUUUCGUUUGGAAAUAACUCAAAGCCAGAAAGAAAACAGGGGAUUGCGGAGGAAACUACAGCAACUGGAACUGAAGGUGUCACGGGAGCGCGCAGAGAGGACAAUACGAGAGCGCGUCCUCGCCAGUCGUCCCAGUAGUGUCAAGAUCCUCGACCGAUACAGAGGAAUGGCUAGAGGUGAAGGACAUCUCACCGGAGGCCCCAGGAGCUUUGUAAAGCCAGCGGGACACAAUACAUGGAGAGAUGACCAACCCAUAGCUGUAGAUGAGGGGAGUGGAACCUCAACCCAGCAUGUUAUCGUGAUAGAGUCUGCAGAUGCAGAGGCCGCAGGUCCUGAAGAACCGUCUCUGGUCAAGAAGGAGAGGACUGAAGCAGAGGACCCACUGCACAGCGGAGACCUCCAGACUGGAGCAGUGGCACCUCCUGUAGCCACGGAGGACCUCACGACUGCCGCCUCGCCCCAGCCCAGGACCGGAUGCAGCAUCACGGAGGAAUGCUCACAGCGAGGGAAUGUCUGCGUGAUGCUGAGUGUCCCCUUGCUGGUCUUCUCUGUGUUGGAUGUUCGGCUGCAAACUGGACAUUUCUCAAACAACUGCAGCAGACGAUCCUUAUAAACAGUUUACUUCCUCAUGUUAUGAGGUGGUGUUGACCGGGAGGGCCUGUGACAGGGUGAUACGAUAGACAGCCAAGGGGUUAAUUGCAUUUUGUUAUAAAGAAAUGAGAACGCUUUUGAUAAUUCACUUCACAACCAAAAUGAUCUACUACUUGUAUCUGCUUGGCUGGGUAAUUACUACUUUAUCAAACCGGGUAUUUUUGGUUUACAAAUUUUUAUAUAUAACACACAUUACCAUUUGUUGAUGAAGCCGUCUGUGUCACAAGGGUAGUUAACUUGGGUCAAGCUAAUUCUAGGUCGUUACCACAGCCACAGUCAGAAACCCAGCCUAUUUCUACAAUUUAUCUUAUUAGAAUUUAAUUUUAAACCUAACCUUUACCACAAGGCUAAACUUUUGCCUAACCAUAAUCUUAAAUGAAGAACAAACAGUGAAAAGAUUUAACAUUUUUAAUUAAUUUUUAAGAUGGGGUUCCAAACUCUGUUUUAGACGAGACUGACUAUGAUUAAAAUGAUCCUACUUACACUGUAGUCAAUGUUGACACAAUAAUAAAUGUUUCUGACUCAUAUCAAUACCACAUAGGCUGUUUUCAAAGGGAUUAGUUGCUUUUUAGGAGCAGUUGCUCUUUAACGCUUGUUCUCAUCUGGGAAAAGUAAAAGAAACAGUCAAAAAUACUGGGACAAGUAGAAUAUAGAUUUAAGAUGUCCAAAUGGACAACAACAACAAGUAUUUAACUCCUUUUGUUAUGGCAAGCCUACAUAAGUUCAUGAGUACAUAAUAAAGUCACAUAAUAAAUUGCAUGGACUCACUCUGUGUACAAUGAUAGUGUUUAACAUGACUACCUCAUCGCUGUACCCCACAGAUAGAAUUAUCAUCAAGGUCCCUCAGUUGAGCAGUGAAUUUUGAACACCAACUCAACCACAAAGACCAGGGAUGUUUACCAAUACCUUGCAAUACAGAGUUUAAUGGCUGUGAUCGAUGGAAAACUCGGGAUGGAUCAACACCAUUGUAGUUACUCCACAAUACUAACCUAAUUGACAGAGUUAAAAGAAGGAAGCCUGUACAGAAUAAAAAUAUUCCAAAUCAUGCAUCUUGUUUGCAACAAGGCACUAAAGUAACCCUGCAAAAA